AUAAACUACUGCCAUGACAACAUCGCGCGUCAAAAUGGCGGCAGCUCUUCGUGAGCAGUUUCCGCUGUAGCGGAUAAAACGAGCACACGAUGAUGUGACAGAAGAGAGAUAGCCUGGUUUAGUUUGCACUUUGAUCUGGUGUAUUGGGGAGAUGUCCAUGACCAUGAAACUGCCAACACUGGCAGAACGUGAAUUGCUGAUGACAUCGUAUCAGCCAUUUUCAUCAGGGUUUCUGCCAAGGCCUUCUCAAAAGCUUGCUGUGCAGAAAAAGCCCCAUAACAUGCUUGAUAUAGAGUGCAAACAUUACCUGCGAUGUCCUUCCUCUGAGAGUGUUCACGGUCAUUCGUCUGUUCAGCACAGACUCUGGAUGGAAGCUGGAAAGUAUGAUGCCCCUUUCCCAGAAAAACCAGACCCAAACUACAACAGCAAUGUGUGGAGAAACUUUCGUAAGCAGUAUGGGUUUGAUGUGAAGACUGAUGGAAGAACAAUUUCUGAGGUGAUAGCGACUAUGUAUCCACUAAACAUCCCUGCUCCUUCUCGGGUGGGUGAAAAUACCUUUGCAAAAUACAUAACAGAGACAAAACUAUUCAGAAAUGAAAAGUUCAAGGCCUUGGCUGUCCAACGCACGUCAACAGAUAUCAAGGAAUUCAGGCAGUUACGUGUCAGAAGUGAAGCCAGGAAUCCACCCUUAGAUGAGCAAGGUCAGAUACUCCCACCAGAAAAUUUCAAGAAAUACCACCACCGCUUCAUCCCUGUGAACCUAACUGAGCCAGAAGGUUCAGGUGAUGAGGUAAGAGUUGACAUGUUUGGACAGAAAACUAAACCUGCUGUCAAAACUGGGCCGUACCUGUGGAAACUCACAUCAAAGCUAAGUAGCCCUGAGUAUGGAAAGGUCAGCCAGGAGGUGGAGAGGAGGAAAGCUGAGCACAAGAAGAAGAUGGUCACCUUUAAGCCAUUGCAAAGGUCUCUGCCGGUUCAAAUGGUUGUGAACAAAUGACAUUGUGAAAAAGCUGCUAACCUAGCGCAAUCAAAUACAGGAUAAGAAAUUAAUACAUAUCAUGAGUGAUGUGAAUUCUCAUCAAAAAGAGAACGUGCUCAAGAUAAACCUUCAUGGUUAUCCAUACACAUAAAAGUUGCUCAUUCUCACUGAGAAUAUAUGGUGUUGUGUGUGUAUUUAAAAAAAUCAUGCGCUUACACAUUUCAUUUUACCCAGAUAUCAAGACUGUAUUUUGAGUGUUUAUUCUUUAUUUUUUUGGACAAAAUAACAAAUCCUGAAAACUAGAAUUGCUCAUUAGAAUGCAGUAUACUUAACCCUUUAAACACCAUAAGUCCUGCAGUGUGCCUGAGAUUACUGGUGUCUAGUGCUGAUUUCUCCAUGCAGCACCCUGAAAUGUAUUAAGUUAGUAAUACCUGGUUUCGGUUCAUACAGAUUAACAGAGACUUUAUGGGUGACGUGCUUAAAAGAACUCUCGUUAUUGGCCCAUGUUCACAGACCCUAUUUCAUUGAAUUGUUCAGAAAACUUUUUUCUCACAAUUAUCUUAUAAAAUGCAAGCUCAGUUAAAAUAAUGCUGGACCAGAGGAGUUUCACAUGUAGUAGUUGAUUCCAAACCAGAGGAAUUGCAGGUGUAUUUAAUUACUUUUUUAGUUGCUUCAUUGGAUAUACAAUGGAACUCAUUUACCUGUAGCUCCUUUGAGUAUUUUUCAGGUUUCUGCCCAAACUGUGAUAACCUAUUCUCAUAGACAGAAAUUGGUAAUAAGCAAUGUUAAACUACAAUUUGUAAAUCUGUUUUAUGGUCUAAAUACUAAUAGUUAUAAAGGCAUGUAAGAUUUUUCAUUCUCGAGAUCUGUUUUAAAAAAGUAGUGAUAUUUUUGUAUUUACAUAUAUAUGUAUUUAUAUACUAUAUGCCACUUCAAGAUAGAGUAUUUUUGUAUUUGCAUUUUUCCUAUGCAUAUCUACUAAUUGCUCAAAAAAAGUUUGUUGUGAAAUAUAAAAUUGCAUCUGAUGCAAUUUACUUUAAUUUUUUGUUUGUUUUUGUUUUGGGGGCGGGGGUCUCGUCAGCAUCAUUUCUAUCUCAUUUUAUUUAGAUAAUUCAUAUAUUUUAAUGAUUGUUGAUUAAUGCUGUACUCAAGACUGAUUCGCUCAUACAAUGGCAGUCAGUUCUAAGAGUGAAGGAAACCAGAGCGCCCAGGGUGAAGCACUCGCCUUUGAGAAGUUGCUUCCAAACUUUCCCAUGUGCGACAUGCAGGUAUGCAUCCCAUGCUUGUGGAAGACAAGCAGUCCUCAAUGAACGUUCAUCCACACAAGUGUCAUCAACUGAAAAGUUUCACAAAAGAGUGAGCUGAGAAAUGGUUUUGAACCUGUACCUUGUGUGGCUCUGACAAAGCAUCUUAACCACUCAACCGUUUCUAAACAAUUGCUCUAAAUGAUCUAAUAAAUCAUUAGAAUGUCUGUAAAGAUCUUGUAUUUCUGAGGAAAUCAUAUCUGAUUUUCACAACAUGCUGACAUAUAUUAAUAAAGACAUAUUUUACUAAAUAUCCUAUUUCUAUUGAGUUAAUAAUCUGUACAAUAAUAGACUUGUGUUUACAAACAGAGUAGUUCUUCAAAUGUCAGCCCAAAGUUCAAAAUUUGUUCAUCAUACCCAGUAAACUGGAAUACUUGCACAAAAGCCAGACUGAUGAAAAAAAAAAACAACUACUUGUAUACUCACUGGGACUAUCAUAAACAGGGAUAUGCACAGGGCCAGUCUCCUUUAAAAUUUUAUGUUUGUCACAGGACAGAUUGAAACAAAUACAUGUAAUUUCUGAUUCACAACUUAUUCUUUUCGACAGAUUAUUCCUUUGAAACCCAUUCAACAACAGAAAAUCAUUUAAAAUUCCACAAAUCUUACAAUAUUACAUGAAAAUUAUAAAUUAAAGAGUAGAGCCCCAUGUCAACAUGAUCUGUAAAGGAAGAGUGAGGCUCGCAAGCCAACAACACACCUUUCUGAACUGUCAUUCAAGGACACCAGUUUGAUCAAUCAAGAUUAAUACUAAUCAAUACUAGUCAGUCAACUGGAUGUCCCACACUUCUGUUCUUGCCCCAAUUCCUUUCCCUAUCAACUUGGCAUUGUAAGCAACUGGAUCCUACUGGACAAAGUCAAACUCCCCAUUAUACGCAUGACAAAAGUUUAACAAAUCCUUGCAGUCAUUAGCACUUUAACCAACUGUGUGCAAGCAAGUGCUGAUUAACAAAGUUAGAAUUUGCCGGUGACCGCAAGUGCUCAUAGUUCCACUAAAACCAGCGUCCAAUGGGAUGCUCCCAAUUCACAGCUUCCAAAUGUUCUCAGUUGCUUCCUGUCACCAAAACCCAGUUGCUCCCAGAAGAGAAAUUGAUCUAUGCCAGCUUUACAUAUUAUAAUGUCACAUUAAAAAACGUUACAAUAAGCUGAAACUUAGGAACAAAGAGACCAGAUCAUACUGUAAUGUCUCGAAUGUAUAUGAAUGGACUUUCACCCAGACCAUAGUGUAACGUCUCGGAUGUAUUAGAAUGGACUUUCACCCAGACCAUAGUGUAACGUCUCGCAUGUAUUAGAAUGGACUUUCACCCAGACUAUAGUGUAACGUCUCGCAUGUAUAUGAAUGGACUUUCACCCACACCAUAGUGUAACGUCUCGCAUGUAUUAAAAUGGACUUUCACCCAGACUAUAGUGUAACGUCUCGGAUGUAUUAGAAUGGACUUUCACCCAGACUAUAGUGUAACAUCUCGCAUGUAUUAGAAUGGACUUUCACCCACACCAUAGUGUAAUGUCUCGCAUGUAUUAGAAUGGACUUUCACCCAGACCAUAGUGUAACGUCUCGCAUGUAUUAGAAUGGACUUUCACCCAGACUAUAGUGUAACGUCUCGCAUGUAUUAGAAUGGACUUUUACCCACACCAUAGUGUAACGUCUCGCAUGUAUUAGAAUGGACUUUCACCCAGACUAUAGUGUAACGUCUCGCAUGUAUUAGAAUGGACUUUCACCCACACCAUAGUGUAACAUCUCGGAUGUAUUAGAAUGGAUUUUCACCUAGACCACAGUCUAACAUCUCAGAUGCAUUAGAAUGGACUUUCACCCACACCAUAGUGUAACAUCUCGGAUGUAUUAGAAUGGAUUUUCACCUAGACCACAGUGUAACAUCUCAGGUGCAUUAGAAUUGACUUUCACCCAGAUCAUAGUGUAAUGUCUCGGAUGUAUUUGAAUGGAUUUUCACACUGUACUAAAGACCAUUUAACUUAUACAAAAACAGCCUGGGUUAAGAGUGAAAAAAAAAACAUGGGUACCUGACAAACCCACCGGGUUAAAGUGAUGACAGAGGUACUAUCAGCACGGUAAUACCCUAUGAUCAGAUUGGUUAGGGUCUGAUCUGGUGUUGCCACAGUAACGGUUUCGCCACAAUGAACCAGCAAGGACCCGGCUGCUCACUAUAAAAGUAGAGUUGCCUGAACACUAUCUCGCGCUUUAUGAAAACAUGCAAAAACACAAAACACAUACAAAACA